UUGAAAAAGAUGACUGAAGAUCCUGAAAUCCUACAGGAAAUACUUGUUUGAAAAAGUGAAGGUAAGAGAAUAAUGUAUUUAAACAGGCCUUAAACAAAUCUUGUGCUUGUGAGAAUUACUUGCUGUUGUGACUUGAGAAUAUAGUACUUCUGUCAACUACACCUAUCGGUUCAGCUAAUAAUAUAAUUCAUGUGUACAUGCCAAAUAUCUAGUUGAAUCAAACAUGUCUCGUUAGUUCUUGGUGACAGGCUACAAGAUUUAUAAAACAAGGGACGGAUCAAAGUCGACCAGUUCAACCGAUGUUAGAACUGUGGCACUAAAAGAAGAAAAGAAGAAGUGUCUUUCCUAAUGUAAUGAAUUAAGCUUUGAAUAUGACAUCAUGUCACUGUUAGAGAGCUCAAGAACUGAGAUUUGCAUCUCAAUAUGAAUUGAACACCGGGGAUGUGCCGUGAGCUUUGAGACUGGACAAGCAUCAAAGGCCGGGGACCCCCAGCAUGAGGUACCCCCCCUUUCAGAGGCUACCCAUUUGGCACUUUUCCCCACCUCUCUAGGGCUGGGGAGGGGGAAGAGGGGAGGGGAAAGAGGAGAGAGAAAGGGAAAAGCGGAAAUGAAAUAAUCACCAUCAACCUUGACAGACAAGGUCCAGAAGAACCACCUGAUGUCCAAUCAUCAGUCAUUAACAUCCUUAUCUAGUCUGGUGAAUAAAGUAAACAAGAGUUUGUGGAGUAAUGCAUGAACUUUACAAAUGGAAACAUGAAGAUUUUCAAUGAUCCCAUUCAUGGUACAAUUGAGCUUCAUCCUCUGCUGGUGAAGAUUAUUGAUACUCCUCAAUUUCAGAGACUCCGUCAUAUUAAACAACUGGGAGCAGAAUACUGGGUCUAUCCUGGAGCAUCACAUAAUCGCUUUGAACACUCCAUUGGGGUGGCAUAUUUAGCAGGAUGUCUGUUAAGAAGUCUACAAGAGAAGCAGCCAGACCUCAAUAUUACUCCUCAAGACAAUCUGUGUGUCCAAAUUGCUGGUUUGUGCCAUGAUUUAGGUCAUGGUCCAUUCUCUCAUUUGUUUGAUAUCCUGUUUAUCCCUGAAGUCCGGAUGUCAGGUACCCAGUGGAAGCACGAGAUGGCGUCGAUUCAGAUGUUUCAGCACAUGGUUGAUCAGAAUGGACUGAAAGAGGUGAUGGGAAACUAUGGAUUGAAUCCAGAUGAGGAUCUUCCCUUUAUUGAGGAAUUAAUUCAGGGUGUGGAUAGUUCAGCUGGAGAGUGGUCAGCGAGAGGCAGACCUGAACAUAAAUCCUUCUUGUAUGAGAUUGUGGCAAAUAAACGGAACGGCAUUGAUGUUGACAAAUGGGACUAUUUUGCCCGAGACUGUCAUCACCUUGGCAUCGGCAACAGCUUUGACCAUCAACGCCUGUUGAAAUUUGCACGAGUGUGUGAAGUGGAAACAGGAGAGAAGAAAUCUCAUUCUAUCUGCUUCAGGGACAAGGAGGCAGAUAAUGUUUACGACAUGUUUCGCACUAGAUACACUUUGCAUCGCCAGGCGUACCAGCACAAGACUAUCAGCAUUAUUGAAAUCAUGAUCAAAGAAUCUUUUCUACAAGCCAAUGAACACCUCCACAUCUCAGCAGCCAUAGAAAACAUGGUGGAAUACACUAAACUCACAGAUCACUUAUUUGAGAAGAUCUUGUACUCCACUGACGACAACCUGAAAGAUGCUCGAAUGAUUCUUGAGGACAUUGUCAAUAGACGCCUGCCAAAGAUUGUUGGAGAAGCCAGACUGACAGAAGCUGAACAUAAAGACAUCUCAAAGAAAACACUGAAGGAUAAUUGGAUGACAGCUGUGGAGAAAUGGUCUAAAAAUACACUGGAUUUCGUGGUUGCUGUCGUCAAUAUGGAUCAUGGCAUGAAGGGUAAAAAUCCCAUUGACAACGUCUAUUUCUACAGCAAGAGGGAUCCGACCAAAGCCUUCAAGAUUAGGAAAUAUCAGGUGUCCAGUUUCCUGCCGGUGAAGUUUUAUGAAAAGCUUGUGAGAGUGUACUAUCGAGGUACAGAGAAACGGGAACUAGAAGAAGCUCAGCAGUGCUUUGAGAAUUGGUGCAAAGACAAUUUUGGAGUUCUGCCUGAAGAGGGAAAAUGUUCUCAGGCUACAUACCAAAGCAAGGAUUAACAACUGCGACAAUAACCCCGUAAGAGCAUUCCAGAUCCAGAUCAGCAACAUUUUGACAGAGAUGCUGAAGACAUGAAAGAGGUCAUGGAAGAACAAUCAAAGGACUUCUUCAGCUGCAGGGCAUUUGAAUCUCAUGUGGACUAAAACAAAAGAAGUUAUGCAAGUUUACACUGUAACUGUAUUUAUUCUGUGAUGGAUUUCAGCUGUAGUCACUGCAGUGAUAAAUAUGCCAAUGAAGUCUUUUAUUCUUGCAUUUUAGUCUUCUUAUAAUAAUAAUACAUACAGCAAAAAUCAACAGAAACAAAUUGUUAUUCUAUGCAGGAAUGUCCUGAGACUCCUGACUUGGAGAAAAUUGUAUUUGCAAUGUACGUUUAUACAAUUUGCAAUCGCAGCUUUUCUCAGUUGCUAACACACUAAAAUGUAAAUCUAAUGGCCCAAAUUCCCAAACCAUUACGUCCAUUCUCAAAAGACUAAAGCAGAGAUGGCAGUUCAAAAGGAUUUAUUUACAAAAAAUGAGAGUCAAGGAAAAGCGCUUCCAGUGCCGGCUGUAGAUGGCAGAUCAAACGAGCCUCUAAGGGCUAUUGAAGAGUGUGUUAGUAAGAAGAGUGUGUGCAUUGAUGUAGUCUGCAGCAAUCUGAAGAGAGUCUGUUAAAGCUGGUGUGGUACAAAGCAAAGCCCAGACGAUUCUCCCAAGACACUGGGAAAUACAGAGGAAUCCUCCUCUUCAUGAAAUGGGCACCAAACUAGUGAGAGCAACAGCAAGCGGGCAGGUAACCGCACCUCUACAACCAGGCACAGUUAACGUUAACGUGAACAAUACACUGGCACAGAAAGAGGGAAACACAAGGAAUAAGUAGGGAGUGCAAUCAGAGUGAAGCAGGUGGAACCGGGCGAGUAAUUCAUGGCUGUUAAAUGUUGAUCACAUGUGCCGGCUUCACCUGUGAGACACAAGGGAGAGAAAAACAAACAAUGGCAUGAGCCGGCACAAAUGCUGGAACCGUGACAGCAUUUGAUUCUGUUAAAAAUAUGGAAAACUGAAUAAAAUUGGAGGGAGGUGACCAGAAACAGGGUUGAAACCCAAUAGACUAAAACUAACUUCAUAAGAACAUAACUGUAUUUACAGUAUUAGGCUUAUUCGUUCUCUGCAUUGUACUCUGCACAAAGACAAUAAAGUUUAAGCUACUGUAAUCGAAUUGUGAGAACACAUCUUUAAACGCAUACCUCAGGUCUUUAGUGACCCAGGAACACAUUCUACCCCCAUACCUCAUGCAUUUGAAGUUGUUCCCACACCUCUUUAGGAUUCCUCAAUCUCUCUCUUAUAUACAGUGUAAAAAAUAAAAUGAAUAAAAAAUGAUAGUGGUUAAGAACCAAAUGUGUAUAGGGUCAUUAGAGACCCAAGGUAAGGAGGAGUGCAUGUUGUUUCACAGUGCUUCACUUUUUCCACAUUUUGUGAUGUUACAGCCUCAUUCCUUAUUCGAUUAAAUUCAUUAUUUUCCUCAAAGUUCUACAAACAAUACCCCAUAAUGACAACGUGAAAGAAGUUUGUUUGAAAUCUUUGCAAUUGUAUUAAAAAUAAAAAAUGAAACGAAGAAGAUUCUCUCAUCAUU